AUGAGAAGAGCAGAUAAAGAAGAGCAGACGCUCAACGUGCAAAGACAAAGUAAUAGUGGAAAAUGUGUAAAAGAACAACAACAAAAAAAACUUGCUCUGCCAGAGAAACUGCAAGUUGUAGAUCAAUUGUUGAAAGAUCCUCAGGUGCAUUCGACACUGGAACGUUCUGAUGCGAAUGGAGCCUUGGCAGGUUUGCAAGGUCUAUUGAGCGGUCUUGAUUUGUCCAAAGUACUGGGCAGAAAGAAGAGAUCUCCACUUCUGGGUGGAGCAACUAGUAGUCUUGGUGUGUCUGGUUUAGUGGACAAACUUGGUUUGGGAGACACGUUGAAAAAACUUGCUCUGCCAGAGAAACUGCAAGUUGUAGAUCAAUUGUUGAAAGAUCCUCAGGUGCAUUCGACACUGGAACGUGCUGAUGCGAAUGGAGACUUGGCAGGUUUGCAAGGUCUAUUGAGCGGUCUUGAUUUGUCCAAAGUACUGGGCAGAAAGAAGAGAUCUCCACUUCUGAGUACAGUUGGCAAACUUGAAGAAACGGUGAACAGCCUUGAUCUGCAAGAGAAGUUGCAAAGCCUGGGUCUGAAAGAAAAACUGCAAGUUGUAGAUCAAUUGUUGAAAGAUCCUCAGGUGCAUUCGACACUGGAAGUGAGUAUUUUGAAGUCUUUGUGUACUACCUAUAUGGUCUGUUUUGUUUGAACCUCCCCCUGCAAAAUGCAAUUUUAGGUCCAUCCAGGGUCUAAAUUUGCCUUUCUAAAUCCCCGCAGUUCUGUCUAUAUAUCUUUGUUUUGGGCAGCUGAUUUCUCUUUUGUUCAGAAAAGUUUUAUUUUCCUUGUAUGCUCCAACUCCACUAUUAUUUUGUCCGUGCAAGUUGGAUAGUCUACUCUGUUAUCUGCUCUUGUAACCCUCA